CUACGUUGAAGUGGCUCAUUGUGCGCUCGGGAGCGGUGUAGCUUUAAGAAGGAGGUGGGCAGCGCUCCGAUGACGCAUGAAUAAUCCUGAAAAGACGCUUCUAAACUCCAGGCCGGAGCCAGCGUGUAUGAUGGCUGUUGACUGAGCUGGAAGAAUUUCCGAGCCUGGCACGAUCAACUGUUGAGAAAAUAGUUUGAACAGGUUCAGGAGCUUGGGAAGCGACUCUAAAUGCAGAAUAAAACACACCCAUUCUGGUAGAUUGGCUUCUCCAAAAGACAAAUACAGUUAUUUACUAUUAAGGCAUUUACUAACGACAGAGGGCUUUCUGUUUGCAGCUCUAUGUGCGCUGCCGAGAGCCAACUUGAGGGAAGGAACAUUGGAAGAAUAUUUCUCUAAAAGUCUUUGGCUGUCUGUCUUGAAGAGGAAGUGCUACCAUGCCACAUUUGAGAACACUAUGUGUCUAUUUCUUGGUAGCCCUGAGCCUAGUUAUGACAAACACCAUGACCGAGGACUUAGAUGUUUUGGUAUUUUUGCCACAAAAUAAUUCUUAUCUUUUUUCAUAUGAACGAGUCGCACCGGCGAUCCGUUACGCACAAAAGAGGCUGAAGGCAGACGGGGGUCAGUACUCCGGGUUCAACUUCAACAUCCAGUUUGAAAACUCCGACUGCCUCUAUGAUGCUUUCUUCACAUUGGCGGACAGGUCUUGCGGACAGAAGCCCGACCUGAUCCUGGGUCCUGUGUGCGAGUACGAGGCUGCGGCAGUGGUAAGGCUGGCGUCCCACUGGAACAUCCCGGUGAUCUCGGCAGGUGCCCUGGCCACAGGUUUCGCGAACAAGAACAAAGAAUAUUCCCACCUGACUCGCAUCGCCCCGCCAUACGUGAAAAUGGCAGAGACUUUCACGGCGAUGUUUGAACACUUCUCCUGGAGGAGCGCUCUGCUGGUCUUCGAGGACGACCGGGAGCAGCGGAACUGCUACUUCACGUUAGAAGGAGUAUACCAUCUGAUGAGUAACUAUAACAUUGAAAGCUAUGUGUUAACUGAUGACAAACCCCUGGACACUGACGAGCUGCUGCGAAGCAUCAGUGACAUGGAAG